AUGCACAAGGGACCUCGCGCGUACGCUUACAAGGACAACCCGAAGGAGAUCAAGUUUCGGCGGUUGAAUCCGAACAGCGACAAGCUGAAGAACGAGCUGCUGUGCUAUGGGGGAGCUUUCGAGCUGCUCAACUCCAUUGGCUUCCGCCAGUCGCCCGAUGGCUUCCUCGAGCUGCCCCCAGGUGAGGCACCCGCAGCUGCGAUGGCGCUGGCUGCUGUGCGUCAGCACUGUGGGGGUGGUCAAGGCUAUGCUGCAGCCCUGCGUGGCACUGGAGGAGUUCAGGCCUAUGAUGUGCUGGCAAGCGUGGCACAAAGCGAAGGCGGUGAAGAAGUUCUCAAACUUUUGGAACGGAUACUGGACAACGUCCGGCGGUAUCCAAACAGCGACAAGUACAGGUGCAUCAACCUGAACAAAGCCUCUGGCCAGAAGGUCAUGCCUGCUCUCGAGCUGCUGCGUUUAGCUGGCUUCGAGCGCAGCUCCACCCCGGCUGGGGAGGAAGUGCUGCAGCUUGGUCGGCCCAACGUGGACGUUCUCGAACGAGUGUGGGCCAUGGUGUGGUGGGCUGGUCGUGGGCACUCCAUUCUGAGCGAGCUCCCAGCCGAGGGCACCGCCGCCGCCGCGCUUGGUGCAUGCCUGGGAGCUGCUGCUGGCGAUGCUCUUGGCGCACCGCUGGGGGGCCAGGAACCGCUGGCGGUGAAUGCUUUCGAGGUGGACAAGGCUUUGGAGAUGUGCGGCGGCGGUCUGUGGACAGUUGCGCCCGGGCAGGUCACUGGGCACACAGAGUUGUUGCUGUGCUUGGCAGAGGCACUGGCUGAAGCGGAGGGUUCCGUGUUUCCGACUGAGGAUGUGGCCGUUCGUUACGGCCGCUGGGGCAAGACACACCCCUUCCGGGCCGACCGCGCCUGCCUGCAGGUCUUCCACCGUCCGAUGCCGCCCGAUGCCAUGGCGGAGCGCGCUCGGGAGGUGAAUCAGAAGUCCCUCAGCAGUGGAACGCUGGUCAGGUGUGCCGCUGUGGCCGUGAUGGGCGCAGCGCUGAAGUCACCGGAGAAGGCUGCGGAGCUUGCCAAUGACGAUGCGCGCCUAUCCCACCCGAGCCGUGUCAUCGCGCAUGCCAACUCUGCGUUCGCUUUCGUCAUCGCGCUGCUGAUUGGUGGAACUAGCGGGAGCGCGGCCGUGGCAGAACUGGAGCGGUGGUUGAAGAGGCAACAAGAGCGCAUUCGCACGGGGAUUCCCAAGCCUGGCGAUGGGCCGCGUGGCCAAGGCUUCACUCACCUGGCCAAGGGCCAGGAUGUGGAGGCUUGGUCCCCACCAGGCGAAGAGCUCGUUGCCUGCGAAGAGGUUCUCCGCUGGGUCCGCAAAGCUCUAGGCAGCGAGCCCCUGCCCUUCUCAGACAUGUCUGCGACGUCGCUGCUUUCCAAGGAGGUGGGCUCUGCCGAGAUCCCGUUUUGCCACGCCGUAAGGCACCUCCACAAUGGAACCUCCUUCGAGGACGCCAUGCGGGCCACCCUUGCCGCCGGUGGAGACUCCGGCACCACCGCCUGUGUUAUCGGAUCGCUGCUCGGUGCCCGGGAUGGCGUGCGGGGAAUGCCGGAACGCUGGGUCCGCGCCGUGCUCGCCUGCGACCAAAGUCUUGGGCAUCAGCGCCCCCCAGAGUAUCAUCCCCGAGAUUUGCCCGCACUGGUGUCCAAGAUCCUGUCGAAGCCUCGUAGGCUCUGA